AUGUCUCAAGUUGAUUGUACAGUCAGUGUUAACUGUAAAUCAGACACAACAAAAGCCGCUGUUGUUGCUGACAAAUUAGUGCUAAGCUAUGCCAAAGGAGAGAAGCUUUUUCUUGCUCUUAACAAUCUUUCCAUGAACAUACCGCAAGGUUGUGUUUACUGUUUGAUUGGACCAUCUGGUUGUGGUAAGACAACCUUCCUUCGAUGUCUCACCGGAUUUUUUAGACCAGUGAAAGGUUCAAUUAAACUGUUUGGUCUUAAUCCAGGAGAUCCAUCUUUAGGUAUUCCUGGACCUAAUUUAGGUUACAUGCCUCAAGACAUAUCAUUGGAUAGUGACUUUACCAUUGCUGAAUCAGCCAUUUAUUUUGCUCGUCUGUAUCGUGUUCCUUUGGCCGGUGUUCAACAACGUUUAACCUCACUUCUUAAAACUCUUGGUCUUCCACCUUCGACUCGUUUGAUUGGUAAAUUAUCGGGUGGACAGAAACGCAGGGUAUCUUUUAUUUGUUCAAUCAUCCAUGAACCCAAAUUGAUAAUUUUGGAUGAGCCAACUGUUGGUUGUGAUCCUUUAGUUCGAGAAAACAUGUGGAAUAUUAUCUUCAAAAUGACAUCAACUAAACUAACCACCGUAAUAAUUACAACUCAUUACAUUGAAGAAGCUAGACGAACAAAUUUAAUUGGAUUUAUGAGAAAAGGGUCAAUCUUAGCUCAAGAAUCACCUGAUGCUAUUUUAGCUCGUUAUGGAGUACCAACUUUAGAGGAAACCUUUGCCAUCAUGUGUCGACAAGAAAGACCUUUAUCUGGUCAAAAUGUUUGUGAACAAAAUUCCUCUUGUUCUUCAUCAUCUUUCAACACUCAACACGAAUCAAGUGGUCAGCAACAAUCUGAGGAUUCCUCUUCAUCUCAAUCAUCCAACACGUUUAAUUGUCUAAGCAAAACAAACCUAAUCAUACAAUGGAGUUUGUUUACCGCUGUUUUCAGUCGAGUGUUUCUUCGUUUCACCAAAAUGCGUUGGUAUAUUUUAGGUGCUUCCUUUGUUAUUGCCUAUCUGGUUUACCUUUAUGCAACAAUCUAUGGUACUACACCUAAACAUAUGGCUGUAGGUUUAUUUAAUGAAGAGGAUCCACCUCGAGCAAGCCAAAUUGUCUUGGACAAUAUUAAUUCAGAGGUCAUCCAAAUAAUUCCUUUCAAUGAUUUAGAGUCAGCAUAUGCUGCUGUGGAAGAUAAAUCAAUUCAUGGAUUUCUACAUUUCCCACGCUUCUAUUCCUCAUAUGCACCUUUAAAGUACCAUUUCCGAGAGCCAAUUGACCAAGAGUACCGAGAUUUCAUUGAAAAUGCUCAAGUUCGUUAUGUUGGUGAUGCUUUUGAGAAGAUUGUUUUCCAAAUAAUUGAACAAUCCUUAACUCGAGGUCUCAGAACAGCGGGACCACAAAUGUUGGCCAACCUUUCUCUUAACCCAAUGAUGGCAACUUGGCCCAUUACCCAAGGAGAUCCAAUCUAUGAUUUAUCUGAUCCAUCUGAUCUAACUGGAUCCAAGACUUUCUUCAUGCCUGUUGCCAUAUUUUACAUUGCUCAUGUAACUGGUUUCCUCUUAUCAAUCUAUUCACUUCUCCGUGAUCGUAAAGACGCUAUUCUCGAACGUACUUAUGCCGCUGGAGCUGGUCCAACUCAUAUCUUACUAAGCCACAUGAUAACAAACACCUUGAUUCCUAUCCUAACUUCUGGCCCUGUCUGGUAUAUCGCUCUUGAAUAUUUGAAAGCUCCGUGCCAAGGAUCAUUUCCAUUACUUUUACUCUUUUACUUUCUCAAUAUUCUGGCCGCUCUUCCAGUUUCAUUUUUAUUUGCUGUUCUUAAAUUUGAUCAAAUGUUUAUAUUUAUGCUUGCUGUUGCUUAUUGUAUGGUUGGCUUAGCUACUUGCGGAAUCCUUUGGCCUGAAGAAGGUUUGCCUUAUUUCAUGAGAUCAUUCAGAUACUUUUUCCCUUACCCAGAAAUAAUUAGAGGAUCAAUCAGGAUAAUGGUUAAAGGCUGUGGAUUGGAAGAUGCAAUUGUCUUCAAUUCACUUAUUCAUUCCUUGAUCUUUUAUGCUGUUACGGCUGUUUUUGUGAGAAUCGUCUUUUAA